UACAUUGUGAAAUCAACAAAAUUACUUUCUGGUCGUUAUGGAUGUGAGGUUUCUAAUGGUAUUGAGCCUAAGCUGUGGUCUGAAUUCGAAAUCAUAAUUACUGUUUUGUCUAGGAGUUGAAGUUAUUUUUCAGCAGCCAUGGAUUUCAUAACGUUCUUCGUUCUUAUUGUCGAUUUGUUUACCACCAUUUAUGCUCAAACAAGUCCUAGAGUAGCUCCAAUCUCACCACUGGUAAAACCUGUGAUCGGAGGGAAAACAUCACUUGCUUGUCAAAACAUCGAGGGCACACCACCUAUUCAGCUCAAUUGGUUUAAAGAUGGGAAAGAGCUUUCUAAUUCUCAAUCGAUCAAAAUUCGUACAAUCGAAGAUUCAUCAAUGCUCAUCCUUGAUCCAAUUUCUACUAGUCACUCUGGAAAUUAUACUUGUAAAGUUUCCAACAACUUCGGAUCAGACUCUUACUCUACAGAACUGUUGAUUGAAGGUCCACCAUUCUGGAUUACUAAACCUCGACACAUCAAAGCCAAGAUAGGUCAAACCAUAGAGCUGGAUUGCAUUGCUUCAGGUUUUCCUAAGCCAGAAAUAGUUUGGAAAAAAUUCACAGAUGACAUGUGGACUAAUAUCAAUUAUCUUCAAAAUGUCCAAAUCUCGAAUGAUCACUUGAUUAUCAAUUCAAUUGACCGUCUUCAUGCUGGAAGUUACGGAUGUUCUGCUUCAAACAAAAUCGAACCUAAUCUUUGGACUGAAUUUGUAAUUAUGGUUGAAGUUGACAUAACAUUCAUUUGAACUGGAAAAUAUCGAAAUUCAAAAUAAUUACAACAUGUCCAAAGUUCUGGCCUUUUUUAUCCUGUUUAUGUACCUAUCCAUCAGUCAUGGUCGAGAAAGUCCUAAAGUAGCCCCAUUCUCAUCUUUGGUUAAACCUGUAAUUGGUGGUAAAACUUCAUUUGCCUGUCAAAGUCUAUUUGGAUCACCUCCAUUUCACAUAGCUUGGUUUAAAGAUGGAUAUCCAAUAAUCAUGGUUAUGACUCUUAUUCAUCUGAACUAACCG